CCAUCAGCUUAGUACUAUUUCAACUAAAUUCCCAGUGGCCAGUCAUAUGGCAUCUUGUCUCAGAGUAUUUGUAUUGUUUUUGUUACCGAAUCGCUAUUGAUGACUGAAAGUGUUGUGAUUUGUCUACUAAUAGCAUCUUUCUGACCAUGUGAUUGGAUUGGGAAUCACGCAGUUAUAAAGACUUCCUCUUGUAGCACAUUUUGUAAAAUUGAAUUAUUUAUAGACCAAGAACAACUUGUUUGUAAAUAUCUCAUUGUGUACUGCUUUCAGAGCUUUAUCGUGUGGGCUCAUCUUGAGCUCUGAACUGGAGAUUUUCAGUAUCAUCUGAUGUGAUUAGAAUUGACAUGGUGCAUGCUGUAGUUUCUUUGAUUUGACUGUUAUUAGACAACUCAGUUUCUUUUUUCUUCUUAAACUUGCUAAUUGGAAGAUCUUAUUUCACUUGCAUUGUAAAAAGCCAGGGAGUGAUGCAUUGAAGGUUAUCUUCCUAUUAGGAUUGUUACUGGUACUGCAUAGUCAUCUAGAAUGAAUUGAUUUGCAAUGCAAGGGGGCUGUUUGUUUACAACAAGUAUAUAGUAAAUAUUAUAGGUGCUUUCAGUUUGUGUGUAAAAUUGUUAUCCUUGGCCUUGUUUUGCAAUUGACACUCUGCUAGGCUCAGGUACAUCCAGUUGCUACUGUGUUUGAGCUAGAUUCUUCUAUUGUUUUGAGCUGAAUACUAUUUCCAUUAACUAGCAAGGCAUUGGUGAGAUGAACUUGGAAAUGCAUUAAGGUCAUUUGUGUAGCGUCUUCUUAUAUUGGCGCCAACUAAGCCAGUGGAUCUGUUAUUGUCAUCAUAGCACAUUGCAACGAAUAUUACAUGAUAAUAAUGGAGAGUUUCUUUCACCUUUCAUUGAUGGCUUAUAUGUAUGUUUUUCUGAUGUAACUUAUCCAGUUAGAGGAUUUUGAUUGAAAAUGUUUGUAAAAAGACGAAUACGGACUUAUUCAUUCCAUUCGAGGGAGAAAAGUAAAGUGAGAGCGGAUGUUAGGAGACAUUCUACAAGAAGCUCCAAGGAUAGUGCAACUCGCUUCUGGGGUGAAGAACGAGUAGAUGGCGCUAUAUACAAUGUUUAUUUAAAGAAGAUACGCUACAACCGGACCAGUCCCAUCCCUUUGCAGGACACAGUAGAUGGAGCUGGUCCCUCCCACUUAGAAUGGGAAAUCUACCGUGUACGAAGCACAAAAGCUGCCACCUUAGAAAAACUCAUCGAGAAUUUAACUCUGGCUGUAAGCGAAAUGGACUCAAAUUUUAUCUGUGUGUUUUUUGCGACUUACCAGACAUUUACUACUGCUAACCAAGUUUUGAGUUUACUCAUAGAAAAUUAUCGUAAUAUUGAAGAAGAAGAGAAAGACAACUCAAGGGUAGUAGAUGCUGUUCAGAAACUAGCCACAAAGGGCAAGUACCUGGAGAAGCUUUCCCUCGACUGUCUGGCACCGUCAAUGAGGAAAAUGAACAUUCGGUCAGUGUUGAUGGUGUGGAUGGACGAAAAUGUUGAAGAUUUCCGUGAGCCACCCAAUCACCCGUGCCUGCAGAGGUUGAUGGCGUUUAGCAAAGAAAUUAAUGACAAAGAGCUCCAUCAGAGGGCCCACCUGAAAUUGGAGGGAUUUAGGGUGGAAGAAAGCAACAGUGAUGAUGAGUUUGUGGGCAGUGGCAAGUUCAACUUCUCCUUUUGUGAUGAAGUCGACAUCUUGAUACAUGAUCGCAACAAGAGCUACAGUAGCUUCAUGGAGAUCGAAAGCAAGGUCUUUGCAGAGCAACUGACAUUCAUGGAUGCAGAUCUUUUCCGUCGACUCAACCCUCAGCAUUGCCUGGGAUCUGUGUGGGCUAGGAGAGACAAAAAGUCUGGAAGUCAAGCCCCGACUGCCAAAGCAACUGUUGACCAGUUCAAUGGUGUUCUGUACAAGGUCAUGUCCACCAUCUUGGACAAGAAGAUCACUAAGAAUGCUGCUCGAGCACAAGUCAUUGCAAAGUGGAUUGAUAUUGCACAACUUUGUCGCACAUUGAAGAAUUUCUCAUCGUUGAAGGCGAUAAUAACGGCACUUCAAUCACACCCUAUACACAGGCUGAAGAACACUUGGGCUGAACUCUCCAAAUCAAAUAUGCAGCUGUUUGAGGAUUUAUCAGAUAUAUUUUGUGACGAGAACAACCAUGAAGCACACAGAGAGCUACUGAACAAGGAAGGCACUGCCAAGUUUGCAAGCACUCAAGCAUCUAGUCCGGUGUCAGGUGGCUCAACAAGGUCCAUGAAAAGCCUCAUAAGGAAGUUCUCAGACAAGAAACAAAAUGAAGAUCAUAUUGGUCCCGUGUAUGGCACAGUUCCUUACCUGGGUUACUUCCUUACGGAUCUUACAAUGAUUGACACUGCUUUCCCAGAUUAUGUUGAAGGGGGACUCAUCAAUUUUGAGAAGAAACGAAAGGAAUUUGAAGUUCUUGCCCAGAUCAAACUCUUGCAGACUGCAGCUAAAAGCUACAACCUACAAGAGGAUAAAGGAUUCAUAGACUGGUUCAAAAGGCAACGAGGAAGAAACUAUGAAGAAUGCUGCAAGAUCUCAAAUGAAAUGGAGCCACCGAUGAGAAACUCAAGUGAUGGACUUAUCACAUCAACCCCUGUCAAGAAGGAAAUGAGACUAGCAAAGAGAGCUUCAAGAACUUUCAUGCGUUUAUUCAGCAAUAAUGAUGGGCUAAACAGCAAUGGUAACAGUAGCGGGAGCAGUGUUACCAGUAAUAGCAGUUUUAGCUCACAAGGCACAGUCACCUCCGAGGAUGCUAUGAGCAUCUCCAGCACCGACAUCACCGGCUUGCCAAUCGACGUCCCAGGUCCACUGUCAGCGGCCAAGGUACAGAAAAGCGACAGCACAAAGUCAGCGAGAAAUGGAAACGUGCCAGCUGCUCAUCGGAAACUGUCCCAUUCAAAGUCAUGUUCAGCCCUGCCAGUAUUAGAAGGGUCUGAUGAAAAUGCAAGUGUCUUCCAACCCUCAGACUCUAGGUGGCAGUCUUUGUCGACCUGCUGUAUCAUCCGUGUCAAAUGCUUACACAACAAUUGUAUAGAGGGAAAUGUAUAUAAAAGUUUAUUAGUGUCACAUGAUGAUCGUACGGAAAUAGUCAUACGCAAUGCCCUCAUCAAGCACAAUUUAACCGUCAAGGAGAACGAGGUCUCGUUGUAUUCAUUAGUACAGUGUCUUCCAAGUGGAGAGCUUGUUAUACCCGAUAAAGGAAAUGUUUUCUAUGCCAUGAGUAGAUCGGUUGAGUCGCCAACAUUUAUUCUGAAGAAAAAAUUUGAAGAUGUAAGUCACAAGUUGAAUUCAAGUGCAAUGUCUGUGUCAGGAACUGUAUUACGCAUAAAGAAACUCAACAAACGAUCACGUAUCAGAAGAAACAGUAUGGACUCAUCUUCAUGGUUAUGAAAAAAUGAGUUGAGACCAAGUCAAAUGCGGUACUGACCAAAUUGACAUAGAUAGUGAGUACUCCGGAUGCAGUUAUGUUUUUUUUAAACCAAAACAGUUGUACUCUGAGAAACUCAGGUCGUCAUGAUAUCUAUUAUUUGUUUAAAUUUUUUUUUGGUUUGUAAAAUUGUAUAGCACCCUCUAUAAAUUGUAUUAUUGGCGAAAGUCAGCAACUGAAAUCUUAUGAUCUUUUCCAUUCAGUUUGUUUUUGAAGUGAAAUACAAUCAAUGUUGAUAGAAUAUGUAUGUUAAGUGAGGCUGACAAUUAGGAAUAAUUAGGAACCAUGAGGUUUAUAGGGUUUACUUUUUGUAAACAUAUGAAGAAUGUUAAAUGAGGCUGAAUAUUUAAAAUAUAAUUGAAAUGUAGAUGCAUUUCAGUUGUUUCAUGCCCUGUGGAACUCCAAUUUUCACUUCUUUUCUUAAAUGAGAAUAUUGAGGAGAGCAAGUGGUUUGUGAUAUGUUAAAACUUGAGCUUCCAACCCCAGUAUUAUAUACAGUAGUCGAUAUAAUGAAUAGACAACUAAAUAUGAUUAGUAUAUAAAUAUAUAAAAAGGACUAACAGAAAAUAUUAUUAUUUAUAUAUCAAUCAUUUAUUCCGUUGAACAUUCAAUAUUCUAAGAAUGUUGUAAUAGCAUUAUUUGUAUUCUAGCAUGAAUAUGAGGCUUGUGAAAAUAUAGCUAUUACACAGUUGCACUGAUUCUAUUUUAUCAAUGAAUCGUAAAGAUUCCUUUCCAAUGAAAAUUUCAAAUGUCUGCAAUGUCACUUGUCAGAAUCUAAAUGGUCAAUUUGGGGUGGGGGGGGGCUGUCUUUAAAAGUUUAUCUGCAAUUUGAUUC